GUGCCUCUGAUGAAAUCAGCUGGGGAAACAACAACACAAAAGGGGUGGCUCGGACUCGAACAAUCUUUAUGCCAGUUAUGUUUAGAUUUCAUGCUAAAAAGCGUCAACUAUAACAUUGUCUCAGGUGUGCAGCAGCGCGUGGGUAGGACUUGUUGAAGACUGAGAGACGCUGGAUUAAGGAGGCGUUGAGAAGUAAGAGGAGGAGGAUGUGACAGGGCAAGAGGUCCUGUGCGACGUCCACUGUUAUAAGUGCUCUUUAACAAACAACGGGGCCACCGUGAACAUCGAUACGUUCCUCGCGCGCCUUUGUCCGGUUUGAGGGACCGGCUGGACCACCAGCAGAGUGGCAUGUGGGUCAAUACAGGAACCGUCGGAAGGGCCCUCUCCAUGGAUAUUGACACAGACUAUGAGCGGCCCAAUGUGGAAACCAUUAAAUGUGUGGUGGUUGGGGAUAAUGCAGUAGGCAAGACCAGGCUAAUCUGUGCCCGGGCCUGCAAUGCCACCCUCACACAGUAUCAGCUGCUUGCCACCCACGUGCCAACCGUCUGGGCCAUCGACCAGUACCGAGUAUGCCAGGAGGUGUUGGAGAGAUCUCGUGAUGUCGUGGAUGAGGUCAGUGUGUCCUUGAGGCUAUGGGACACAUUCGGGGACCAUCACAAAGACAGACGAUUUGCCUAUGGCAGGUCUGACGUAGUGGUGCUGUGCUUCUCUCUGGCUAAUCCCAAUUCCCUGCGCCACGUCCGCACCAUGUGGUUCCCGGAGAUCAAACACUUUUGUCCCCGGACGCCCAUAAUUCUGGUUGGCUGCCAGUUGGAUCUGCGCUAUGCCGACCUGGAUGCAGUAAACCGUGCACGGCGACCCCUAGCCAAACCCAUCAAACCAACAGACAUCCUCCCCCCAGAAAGAGGCCAUGAGGUUGCAAAGGAGCUUGGGAUUCCCUACUAUGAGACCAGCAUCGUAGCCCAGUUUGGAGUCAAAGAUGUGUUUGACAACGCCAUUCGAGCCGCCCUCAUCUCCCGUCGCCAUCUUCAGUUCUGGAAGUCUCACCUGAAAAAGGUCCAGCGGCCCCUCCUCCAGGCGCCCUUCCUUCCUCCUCGCCCACCUCGCCCUAUUGUGGGCAUCCCAGACCCCCCUCCUGCUGACGGCGAGGCUCCCGAUUCCCUUUUCUGCCUGCCUCUGUGUGCAGAUGUUCUUUUCCUUCUGCAGGGCGGUGCCACUCGUGUCUUUGCACACAAAGUCUACCUAGCUACUUCCUGCUCCAAGUUCUAUGACCUCUUCACUCUCGACCUUGGUGGGUCAUGUUCAAGCCCAAGAGGAGAGGAACAGGAGAACAAAGAAAACCUGGAGAUCGCAGAGGAAGAUGAGCAGAGUAGGAGAGGAGCCAAGGAGCAAGCUGGGCGCACUAAGAGCCUGGACAUCGAUAAAGAUGGGGUUGAUGGAGGAGUGCGAGGGCUGAAUCGACCCCAGCUGCUUCAGCAGGGUUCUUUGAGGACUUCCCAGAGUGAUAAUGCACUCCCAUCUCGAGCUCUGUACUCCCUAGGAGCACUAGGGACUGGGCGAGCUCUCUCUGGAUGGGGGAGAGGCUUUCUGAGCGUUUGUCUGGAGCAUGUUGAUGAUCCUAUGACCGGACGACCCCGACUUAUGACUGUUGUAGCCAUGGAUGCUCUUAUACAAGAGGAACCAUUCAAGGCAGUGCUUGAGUACCUCUACACAGGCAGUCUGGAUGAGGGUCGGGGGGAUCUGAUGCAGGUCGCAACGAUCGCAGAGCUACUCGAGGUGUUUGACCUGAGGAUGAUGGUUGCAAAUGUCCUCAACAGAGAGAGCUUCAUGAACCAGGAGAUCACCAAGGCAUUCCACGUCCGCAGAGCCAACCGCAUCAAGGAGUGCCUCAACAAAGGGACCUUUGCUGAUGUGGUGUUCCGGCUGGAUGAUGGCUGUCUCCCGGCCCACAAACCCCUGCUCAUCUCCAGUUGCAGCUGGAUGGCGGCUAUGUUCCGCGGGUCCUUCAUGGAAAGCUACAUCGAGGAGGUCCCCAUCCCUAACACCAGUACAGCCUGUAUGCGUGGUGUGUUGGAGUUCCUGUACUGCAGUGUGCUCACACCCUGUCCCGGUCUGGAUGCCAUGGAACUAAUCAUUCUGGCCAACCGUCUCUGUUUGCCUCGCCUCGUGGCUCUCACAGAACAACACGCUGUGGAUGAGCUGCUCCAGUUGUCGGUUAAAGGAGGUGACAUUGAUGGACAGGUGUUGGCUUACCUCGAAGUUGCACAGUUCCACAAUGCCAAGCAGCUAUCAGCUUGGUGUCUCCAUCACAUCUGCACUAAUUACAACAGCAUCUGCCGCAAGUUUCCUAAAGACAUGAAGGCCAUGUCUUCAGACAACCAGAGACACUUUGAGAAGCAGCGUUGGCCUCCUGUGUGGUUCCUUAAGGAGGAAGACCGCUACCUGCGCUCUCAGAAAGAGCGCGAGCGCGAGGAGGAGAUCUUGCGCAAGCAACACACCAAACGGGGCUGGUGUUUCUGGAGACACCCGUCCUCUUCUCCACAUGUCUCCUAAAGGGGUUCUUCCACUGACUUCUUCGUCCUGACCCGGGUUGUCCCAUCCAGGAUAACUAACCCCCUAUAACGCUUCUAGAGGAGGAGUUCGGCUUUGAACCGUCAAUCAGAGGACAAAUGACUCUCAGUGCGACUUCGCCUGAAUGUUAGCAUGUUUGGGGGAAUGUAUGUGCCUCUUUAUAACUGUGGGUGACUUCAUGAGUGCAUUUCUUGUGUGAUACGUGUAGACUUAAUCGAAGGGUAUGUGCGUCGGUGUGUGAGCGUAUGUUUGCAGUUUUGAUGAUUGGGUGAUGCUUCCCAGUUGAGUGCUUCCCAGACGCCCUAAUCUGUAAGGGCAUGCGACGUUGCAGUGCAGCCCCCCUCAUCCCCUCUACUAGAGCUCCGUCCCUCCACCAGCACUCACAGCGUCCCAGCCUUUGAGUAACUGGACUGGGAGCAAGGGCUCUCUAUCUCUCUCAGUCUCCAUCCUUCACAUUGACCUUAAUGACUAUGACACAUUGAACACCGCUGCUCCUCUUGGGGAGCUUACCUCUGCCUUCACUUGUUUGCAGACUGUUAGCUUGCACACGCAGACCUGUGCAAAAGAUCCCCCCCGCUCCAAAACCAGCACCGGAAUCCCAGGAAUAGACACUUAAAAUUAAUUUAUUAAUAGUUUGAUUUAAUUUGAACUUUUUUAUGCUUUUAGCGCUUUUUUGAAAAGGGCGCUUGUUAAUCCGAGGAAGUGAUGAGGACUUUGAUUUCUGCUGCAUCCGCAACGAUGGGACUGUUAUUCUAGAGCCCAUUUUGAGCGUAAGAGCAACCUUAAAACCAUUAGUUAGUGAGGAUGCUCCAUCAGGAGGCCUAAUAAUAGCUAUUAGCCUCCUAUCUAAUACUGAUGUGGUCCUUGCUGUUCGUCAUGCACCCUUGCACCGCCCACCCUCUCCUUGUGCACACCACAGGUGCAAACAGAGCAAGACAAAUAGUCUCCCUGACGAGUCGGAUUCACCAAACUGCACUUCAGAGACAUUCAAAGUGACCACUCUGUGAUGGGGGCAAUGAGGGCUAGCCUUACUUUGAUACCUCUGCCACGGAGGAAUGAUGGGUACAGUAUUAACUAAUGCGCUUGUAAUGUCCAUGACCACUAGGCUACGCUGAAGCACCUCAGCCAGCCUGCCUUUACACCCCUACAUCACUAGGGGCAGCACUGCUCAGGGGCCCCAGCACUAACCGUCACACUAACUAAGAGUUUUUAUGUAUGAGAUGUCCUCACUCUUGUUUCAGUUAUUAAGAACAUCAGAAUAACUUCAAUUCUUGCAAAGUGUAAAGCACAAGCGCAGUUUUUUUCAGUGCAUUUAAAAACUCAACCUACUGAUUUUUUAUCUAUCUUUGAAUACCAAAGCUGUGAUUUUUUUCUGAUCUCUAUCUUUCUCACUUUCUUCAUCUCUGGUUCCCUGCUUCCUCUGGAGUGAAGAGGAGAGAGAAAGUCUGUUGUGGGAGAAGGAAGCAGUAUGACGUGGUGAUUGAAUCCCUCCUUGUGGUGGUGUUUUGGUGUAUAGUGUCAGGAGAAAAGUGUCUCUGCUGGACAUUGCCUUCCAUUUCUCUCGCUGGAAUUGAAAAAUGGUGCUUAAGACACAGCAAGACAGUGUCCACAUGAACACACAACAAACACAUGAGAUUUUAUGUCCACAGUUGAAUUGUCUGUCCAGUUGUUUAGUGUUUACCUGCAGUGAUGUGCAGAAAUGUAUUAAUGGUAAAGCAAUUUGAUACAUGAGUAUUUUUUAAAGCUUAAUUUUUCUUCUCCAUUUGCUAACAGUCUGUAAGAGGUCAUUAUAGGUCACUGAUUAUCCAGAAUGUGUAGACUUCUCUAUUACAUACAGCGGUUACAUCCUUGUUAUGUCUUUUUGCUGCUUUUGAGUUCAGUGUGAUCAGUUUCACUUCCUUGGAGAAUAUUAUUACAUUAGAUUGAAUUUGAAGUCGUGUGCGUUGUCUCAAAUGACAAACAGCUUGAUAUAUACCGGCAUAUGAGAGUAAAUCUGAUUUUCUUGUUAAGGGUGCUAAUUUCUUUGGGCUUGGGAGCUGAAUGUGAAAACAAGACUUUGUGGUGAUGAGUUUCUAUUAGCACGUCAUUCUAUUUGUGGGUUUGCGCCCCUCAGCUUUUGCCCAGGCAAACUGUAGGAGACAAAGAGAGGAGACGAAGAGAUGGUGUGAGACAUGUGGUGCGCUCUACCGUUGUCCACGGGUGGUGUGCAAAAAUCAUUGUCAGCCACUGAAAAUAGAAGUCAGAUUGUAUCUCAUGAGACCCAAGUGAGAAUUGAGCGGAGCGAGAGUGAAAAAGUCUCAGUCAGCGUUACAUGGAACCUACACAGUGGAGUAAACCCACCAAAAUUUAAACGGUUUGAGAACUAAAUGAAGAGGAGAAAGGUGGGGGACAAAUGCUGAUGGACUUCCAUGGCCUCUUUUCAGUCCCCCAAAGACAGGUUAGCUAUAAGAUUUGUCUUGUUAAUAGUCUGUAUGACCUGAUAAGCCUCUUCUUUCAGUCAAUGUGCCUUAUAGUUGGACCAAUCUAAAAGUAGUUUGUGAUUUAACAAAAUCUUCAAUGUUCAAACGUGCAGACAGGUUCUGCAGUGGUUGAAAUGAUGGAUGAAGUUGAUAACGGCCAUGAUAUUCUUAAAAAUGUAAAAAAAAGAAAAAAGAAUGGUGGAGCUGCACUCUCAACUAUUUCUCGUCUUGAGGGGAUUUUUGAGCCUCCUUGAGACAACAUAUUCUGGCCUGCUGUUUGUUUUAAUGCAGACCGAUGGUCUUGAAUUAAUCUCCUCAUAGAGUGUAAUAUAGUAGAUGGUCUAAUCACACAAUUGAUUUGAAUAAGCAUCUUUUCUAGAUUGUGAAUUAUUUGGAUGUAGGACUCUUAUCAUGGUCUCCACUGACCAUAUGAUUUAGAGAUAAAACAGGUUGAUUCCUGUGUUGUAAUUUUAAAAACCACUGACUAUGAUUAAGCAAAGCUUUUUAAGGAGCACUGGCUGGCCUGUGUGCUGGGAGGGUGCAACCGCUUUUGGAACGUGGUUCAUUUGCAUGGUGGCCUAACUUUUGUCAUCAUAAUGACACUUGGUGUUGGAAUGCACUUUCUUCUUCUUUUUUGUUAAUGACUUUACCUUCCUGUGCUUGGCAUGACUUGUUCCUUGUAUGUGAGAUUGUUUUUAAACAUGAUUGUAGCACGAUGUUUUCACUUAAGUCUUGCAGAUUUUCCCACCACAUGCUCAGUGAGAUGCUGAAUAACACAGUGUCCAGAUUUGAUUAUCAAGGUCUAUAAUUGGCGCUGAACCCCACAGUAGCUCUUUUCUUGCUAUGUGGCUUUAUGCACAACUGCGUUAGCUCAGCACAGCAUACGGUAGCAUCACUAAAUAUACCACUUUGAAUGAUAUGCUGCCACAUUCUGCAGACAUUUGUUGCUGCUGUGCAGUGCCACAGUUGUCCCUUUUAUGCUGAUACUGUAGUUAAUACAAUCAAACAAGCUUAGGCUUGUGAUUUUUAAGAUUUCGGGUGGAGGGUAUGAAAAUAAGAAGCAUAAAAAGCUAAAAUUUGAACUUUUAUCAAGUCUGAUAAUGCACAUAUUUUGAGAAUGUCCUCAAUGACAUAAAGCGAAGUGCAAUAUUUGAGUUUAAUCUACAUGAAAAGACAGAUGAAUUGGGUAAAGCAUGAUGCAUGUUUCUUGGGACACACAUAGGCUUCUUUUUAUAUGAGAGGGUUUCUUAACCUUGGGGUUAACUUGGGUCACUUGAUAUGCAUUUAAGUUCAUGGGAAAGCUCUAAAUCUUAAAUCUUAAAUGAAUCAAGUAAUGUAGAUUUAAAUAUGUGUAAAAACAGCUAUAUUUGAAUAUCUGGAUCAAAACAGCUUGAGUACUGGCUAAUUAUUGGGUCCAAAUUCAGAAAUUGGAAAAUGCUAAUGGAGCCACAGGUCAGAAACAAACAAGGUUUAGAAACCCAAGAACACAGGACAAAAAAAACAACGAACAUUACUAGCUUUAUUCAGCCCAUAAUAUUUGCUCUUCACUGACCCCUGCAGACUAAAUAUGUAGAAUAGGGUUGUGGUAUUCACUUGAAUUGUAUUCCGCUAUCUAAGCACAUACUUUUCUUUGUCACACUAUCCUCGUUUAUUCCUGUGAAGCUUUUCCUCCUUCCUUCUUAGCAGGCCUGACCCUACUUUUUUUAACGUGAGAGAGCACCUUGUUUUUAAUCCUUGGUGUCCCCUCUCCUGUGCCUUUAGUCAAAUCACACUCUUUUGGCUCUGACGGCACUGCACCUGCAGCCUUCUGGGCUCAAAAAAAGUUGAUAAAGCCAAGAAAUACACACACAUGUGAGCACAGAAAUUAAUGUAGGCAGCUUUUCUUUCAUGUUAGCAUAGUUACUGGCUGUAGGGGUGAUUUUUAUUACUUCCAAUGAUAACCCAAACUAUAAGAAAGUUUAGCUUGAAAUGUCAGCUAUGCUAAAGCUACGCAACAAAAAGUAUGAAAUGACCAAGAAACCCAGCAAACCAGCAGUUUAAAUGAUGUUUUUGCACUCUUUCAGUGCCUGCACUUUCUAUUAUGUAGCCUAAUACAACUUUUUGAUAGGUAGGACAAGUCUUUAUAUACUUAGCAGUGUUCUUCAGAAUUAAAAUAACUCAUUACUUUCAACUUCUUUAUGAACUAUCUGUGAAAUUAAGUAGUAUGCCCUUUUUGCUUCCACUAUUUAGCUGCAAAUUACUCUUAUGCAAUGCUGCAUAACGUCAGUGUAUUCAAUGUAUGGGAACAGAAUCUGUGAAUUAAAGGCAGAUAUUAGCUGCAACAACUAUUUAUAUGAUGCUUUAAUGAUCAUAGUUGUUUUCCAAAGUACAGUACAGUGUUGUAAAUUUGAUAUGAGUCCCAGCUCAUAAUAACCUCUCACUUUAUUACCGCGCACCACACUGUAUCUAUAAAUGAAGCUGGUGUAUACAGAGGAUUGUAUGCAGAGAGAGGUCCGUGACAGGGGGAGUAUCUAUGUAUACAGACAUGGUGUUAUUAACCCCUGGUCUAUACUGACAUUUUUAAAGUGGAUGGUAUAAACUGUAUAGUAUUGUUAUGCACUUUUUUUUCCAUUGACUCAUCUGAAGGUUGUUAACAUUAUUACUGCUCAUGUUACCAUGUGUACUACAAUAAAAGGCAAAAGAAAAGAGCACACCACACUCACAAACUAUUAAGGGCUUUUAAGACAAAUACACAACAAUCAGAAUGUUUUGCUGCUGUUGCAAAAAAAAAAAAGUUUUGAGACUAAAAUUUGUAAUAUUUUUGAACCACUGUGAUUUGUACAAAACUUAAAAAGUAGAAAAAAUGUGUUUUUUUCUUUUUUGCCAUUUCAGUAUUUUGAUGUUUGACAUGGAUUUUAUUAAAACUGUUAAUCUUUUGAA